AGAAAUAUUACACCAUACCCUUAUAUACUCGAAACGUUUUCAAGAUGAAAGAAAUUUGGGAUCCUAAAAAAAUUGCUUCGAGCAUAACGAGAGAAAUCCAGGCAUUAGCUGUACUUUUCCAAGUCUGCUUGUUUCUCUUCGGGGGUAUUUUGGGCAUCUGUUUGCUCUUAAUUCUGCUGUUAAAUGAAUACACCAGAAUUUUAGCUGUCCUCUACAUCGGCUGGGCCUUUAUUUUAAACUCUCGAACGCCAUCUCGAGGAGGCUAUCCACAGGCGUUACAGAUAGUGAGAAGAUGGAAUAUGUGGAGGUACUAUUGCGACUACUUCCCUAUUCAGUCGGUGAAAACGACGGAUUUAGAUCCAAAAGACAAUUACAUCUUCUGCUACCAUCCACACGGGAUCAUGGGCUUAGGAGCACAGGGUAACUUCUGCGGGGAGGCAACCGGCUUCUCAGAAAAGUUCCCAGGGAUUUAUCCUCAUCUUCUGACGCUCUCAAUGAAUUUCAACGUCCCCUUUAUUCGAGAGUACACCCUAUCAGCGGGGGUGUGUUCUGUUGACAAGGGCAGUAUCGAAUAUAUUUUGACGAAAAUGGGCCCUGGACAUUCAGUCAUUAUUGUUGUCGGAGGAGCUGCCGAAGCGUUGGAAGCAAGACCUGGCAGCGUCAAAUUAACGCUAAGGGAAAGGAAAGGAUUCAUAAAACUUGCGUUAAGUAAUGGGUAAGAUUUAAAAUCGCUUUAAACUAAAUUUUGUGUAACUUUUGCACUUUUGCCCCUCUUAAUGUGAGGACAAGUUUUUCAGUAGCCUAAUCUAAACUUCUAAAAGUCUGCCAAUUUCCGACUUCUUGACUUAGCCCAAAUUUAAGAUUAGUUACCAUGGAAACUAAUAGGCUCUUUUUUUCAGUUGAGCAAAGAUUAAAUCUAAAUGAGUCUUGGGGCAUCAUUCCUCUUCUAAAAAUUCCUGCUGGAAACUGUUAACAAACUUUUUAGAUCAGUAUGACUUUGUGUCGUUACGCAAUGCUGUGAGGAAGAACGUUGCCUGACAACACAAAGAAGGUCUCUGAAAGAGGACUGGUAUAUAGCGCGUCAUGUAUCUUUCAUUCUCUUUCCUCUUCCAAAACUUCUUUCCGUAAACUUUUAACCAGCUUUACAUCGGCGCUGUAUUGUGCACCUUUGCAGAGGAAAGCAACAAUCUAGCAACAGGGGCCCGAACGACAAUUUUCGGAAAAUUAUCUGUUCGGAAGACGAUUUGAGGUCUAGAAUUUUUGGAUCAUCUUCUGACAAAUUUCUUGCUUGCCUGCCUCUCCUAGGAUUUUCGAACUUCAUAAAAAUCGUAUAAUUGCCUAUUUUUAACGGAUUUUUACCCUAAAAAGGUCACCUAGAAUUUUCGGGAACCUUUUUUCUGGCUGAAAUUUUCGAAAAGGUAAAUUUUGAUCACUAUAAUUUUCGGACCACUAUACUUUCAGCUAGGAAAUCCGAACAGAUGAAAAAUUUUUAGGGGAUAAAAAUAAGCCUUUAUCUACCGUUUAAAUACUAAAGUACGUUCAACAAUGCUAUGUUUAUGUGGUUUUGAACUAUACUCUCUUUGGGUGCCCCUCUAGCAACAAUUGUUUUUAUUUUAGAGCCUCCCUGGUUCCAGUGUUUUCCUUUGGGGAAAAUGACCUGUAUGACCAAGUAAGUAACCCGGCUGGGUCAUCCCUGCGGCAGUGGCAAACAAAGAUGAAAGAAUACACAAGAGUAGCACCAGUUCUCUUCUAUGGCCGCGGGUUUGGACUACUACCUCACAGAAGGCCUAUCCACACUGUGUGUAAGUUAAGAAAUAAAAUAUAUUGGAGAAUACGUGCAGUGGUGUAAUCAGUGGGAGAAAAAAUCUAGGAUUAGUAUUUUGAUCUCCGAUACUUUGGUCACUUUACAACAAAAUGCAUGUGUCAACCAAAGUAAAAGAAUUAGGAUUCCGGUAUCCGGGAAAUUUUUGCUUGUGGAAUCCGCAAUCUUUGGUUUUGGAAUCCAGAAUACAGCUCAAGAAAUCCGGAAUCCCACAAAAGAUUGGAAUCCAGGAUUCAAUUUUCACUUACAAAGACUGGAAUCCACGGCGUGGAAUCCAGAAUCGAAGACUGUCUGGAAUUUCCUUACAAGGGGCGAAACGUGCCAGCGAUAUUGGCGCUAACCGGUAGUUCAUUAUUGUUUUUACCGUGGUUGCUCUGUACUUUGCUCCUGCGGUAGCUCAAAGUUCAUUAAGAAUCAUAAGCUUAGGGGGCUAAUAUUAGUGUUAUUUUAAGGCAUUAUCGUGAUGUAAAUCACUAUUUAUUCUUCUCUCUUUUCCAGUUGGUGCACCUUUGAAAGUCGAUAGAGUCGAGAAUCCUUCAAAAGAGGAAGUAGAUAAUCUUCAUUCGCUCUAUGUUACAGCGUUGAGAGAAUUGUUUGACAAACACAAGAAGAAUUAUGGAAUCGCAGAAGACGUACAUUUGGAAAUCUGUUGACUUCCGUGUAUCCAAUAAAUGACAGCUGACUGUAAAUUAAACACAAGGGAGCUGUUUUUCUAUUAGUUCUGUCUUCAAAAAAUAGUCUGCUGAGAAGACAUGUGCGCUUACUGGUAAAGAAUGACCAUAAAUGUAGUUUAUACUUUGUUCAUAAGUAGUUCUUUUGUAAGGACCAGUUGGUUUACAGUAUUGCGCAUGCAUCCAGCGCAAGGAGGGAGAAGAAGGGGCCGACAAAAGAAGCGUUGGGAGAAUUAUAUCCCUGGGUGGAUAGGGUUGAAGUUUUACAACGCCCUAAGAGAAGCUGAAAACAAAAUCAAAUGAAGGGAAAUAAUAAAAAAAAGGGUUGCUAUGUCCGUGGCGCCCCAACGGUCACCAUGAAAAGGGGAUAGGUGCAAGGUACAUGCACCCUUCAUAGUUACCUUCUUCUCUUACAAUGUUUUAAAGUUUCAAAUGUCAAUAUAUCUCAGCGUUUCAAUCUUGAACGACAACUUAUGUACUUUUGAAUAUAGAUCUCUUUAUACAUAAGAAAAAAAAAACCAACAAGCUCAGCAAAGUUCUCCAAAGCUCUACUGAGUAUCCAUAGCAGAUCUCGACUGUGUUAAAUACAGUUUUCAACUCCCAACGUCUCCAAAUAUCGGAUGCAAUUAUUAUUCAAAGUGGUUCAUUUACUUUGAUAGUAUCAAAUAGUUGGUCUAAAAAGAGAAUCUUUUAAACAUAUGAGGGAAAAUUUGGCAAUAUAUGGCAGGGCGCAAGCGUGAAGUACUGACCAGGCCGUGGGUUGGGGCAUGUGUGCCCCUUGCUUUAAGUUUGUCUAAUAUCAAAUAGACCUCUUUAUCUUGUAGGUUUUGUUUUCCCAAUAAAGGUCAUGUGAUAAUACUCUAAAGAACAGUUUCUUUCAAAUUUCGUCUUAUUCACCUGCAUACGUACGCGUAAUUUAUGAAUAGACAAAGAAUAAAGUUCCCCUGGGACCUCUAUUGGGAAAACAAAACAUACAAACUAAAGAGGUCUAUUCCAAGGCCUGUUAGUUUAAUCCUAACUACAAGAACAUUUACUUCGAAAUAGGGACUGAUUUAAACUACCUACUCAAUUUAUUUUUUCUUUCAGUGUACCUUGUUUUUCUUUUUUAUAAGUUCGUCUUUUAUUGAUUAAAAUAGUACUGGCUUGAUGUAAUAAACAUCUUGGAGAAAACUUGAAAUAUGAUAUAGGACUUCCAGCAAUAUUUUUGUGCGGAAGUAGUUUGGUUUUUAAUCACAAAUGACCCACUUCCUUCAUUUAUGAAGAAUCACCCAUUCCUUAUCGGAAAAAUGGAAUGAUCGGCCCCAAAUCAGAGGUGGCGGGAAACGCCAUUCCUUACUGAUCCGUCGGCCAUUUUGUUCUUUUAUUUGGUUGGCUUGGAGACGACUAUUGGGCAUUGCCACAGGCAGCCCAAUACAAAAUCUCGACCCGUUUCAACAAGCCGUUGAACGCCGGUUUGACUUCGAUGUUCUUGAGGUCUUACAAGACUUGGUCUUACUUAAGGGCUUAUUCACAGAUUGACUUAGCGCUUUACUUGCUAUAAGCCAGUAUGAACAAAAAGUACACUUCCCAAUGAAGAUAGGUAACGAAGACCCUAAAACCCACUGCGUGACUGAGGACUAGCUAUGUUAUUCAGAAUUACGUAUUUUUUUUAGAAAACAGAUAUCAGUAACGUACGAGUUUUUAAGAAAAAUUCGUUAGUAUCAUGGGAAGACGAACGGGACAUUGUCACCGUACACCCCUUGUUCAAAGCUUCUUAUCCAGAAUAGCCUGCGUGGUAGACGUCAUGUUCAAGUUUAAGACCCAAGACCCAGAAUAGCGGCAUAUACCUGUGUAACGUUAAGCCAAAUAAGGGAGAAACCCCGGGCUUCCAUCCCAACCCCAUCCGCCCCACUGGGCUUUGUGUUUUGCUGUAUUUUAUUGCACUGUUGUCUCUCGGACUAAAAUAAAGUGAAAAUAAAAAAACGCCUAUAAAUAUCUGUUGCCGACAUGUUUAUAAUAUUGGUAUAGUUAUUACUGGUAAGGUCUUGGGAAGGGUUGUUUUUCCCCGGAAUUGAAAUGAGAUAUCUUUUGAGCAGAGGUUAAUUGCUACUCAAACCUAAUCACACAUACACUAAUCCCUAUUUUUAAAAAUAUCUAAGAAAACAACAGGUAUUCGAACCCCGACCGAGUCUGAAGUCUCGCAGGCAGAGUUUAAAAUACUGUUGAAAGAUCUCAUCUUCCGGGAUUGCACCAAAGGUCCCCGGUUGUACGCCUGGUGUGAUUUGAAAAGGUAACUUGUAAUAUGGGUAACUGUACGGUUAAACGACCUAAAUGACUGUCGGGCGCUGGUACGUGGCUCGGAAACCAAAUUUUUGAGGUUUGUAUUAUUAACUAAUGUUCCACGAAUGAUUCUCACGUGGCCACACGGCAUGCACGCGACAAGUCACUUUACUUUCGCUAACGUAAGUAAAACACCUUAUAUUGUAAUAAGGACUGUGGACAAAGGACUACAGCAAAAUAACGACUGCCUCAGCCAAUGCUAUUUCUGUAGCCAAGGGCAUUUUCAUGAAACAGAAAUCUUAUAGAUUUGGGUGAUCGCAGGAGAAGAUACGUCCUUAUCCUCUAUUGGUGAUCGUGCAGGGAGAAAUAUAAAAAAUUCAAUAGUCUGCUAAUUUAGUGAGUCGUUACGUAAUAACCUAAUCACAUCUAUAAAUAUAAAGCCUAACACCGAAAACGAAAGUCACCCGCAGAUAAGGGGGCAAUUCAAAUCUGGGACAGGAUCAAUCAAGCCCGUUUUUUUAUCCAAUAUUUUCAUCUAUAUAUAAUAUGCGGGGUUAGGCAAAUCCAAAACAGUAAGAUCGAAAAGAAGGCAGCCACCCUGAACUGAAAUUUGGGGCUGUAAAUUGAAACCAAGACAUUUAUUUGUUAAAACAGUUUACAAUAUCUCUGUGCAAUUAGAACAAAUGUUCUUUUAAUUUGUAAAUAAUGUUUUAAUAUGUUUAGCACCUUUUAAGGGUCACUUCAUUUUGUGUUCAUUUUAUGUCUGUUAUAGAAGUUGCAAGAUGAUAUGUUUAAAUGUGUUACCGCCGCGGCUCGUGAUGUCACGUCGGAAAUAACGUCCCUUUUAUCGGCUGACAAAAGUUAAAUUCAACCAGCAUCAAGUCACUAAAAGUCACAAUUUUUCUCCACGGCAUGCAUAUUUUUUGCUUCCUUCUAUUCUGUUUUCGAUACCUUUUUGAAAUAACCUCAGUAUUGUAUAGAACUUUCCUUAGCAGCUUCAAUGUAGUCCGUAAUCCAAAGUCCAGGUUUCGCAAUCAGACCGGUUUGGUAAUUUUUUUUGUCUCUUGUUUUGAAAUCAGCCUUUGUACUGAUUCCCGCAGGACACUUAAAGCAAAGUUGCAAAAUUAUUUCACUAGUCUGAAGUCUAUGUGCGUACCAUGGCGGACGAUUUCAAGAUGGAGGAAGCAUGGGCUCUUUCAAAAAUUGCUGUGAAUAUAACGAGAGGAACACAAGCAUUGGUUGUUCUUUUCCAUGUCUGUAUGGGUCUUUUUGGUGGCAUCGUCGGUUCAUGUCUGCUCUUACUCCUCCUAUUAAAUGAAUACACCAGAAUUUUUGCUGCACUCUACAUUGGCUGGGCCUUCAUAUUAAAUUCUCGAUCACCGUAUCAAGGGGGCUGUUCACCCGCAUUGCAGAUAGUAAGAAGAUGGAAGAUAUGGAGAUACUUCUGCGACUACUUCCCUAUUCGACUAGUCAAAACUACAGAUUUGGAUCCCAAGGACAAUUACAUCUUCUGCUACCAUCCCCACGGGGUUCUGUGUUUGGGAGCACAGGGCAACUUCUGCGGGGAUGCAACCGGCUUCUCAGAAAAGUUCCCAGGGAUUUAUCCUCAUAUUGUGACGCUGUCCAUGAACUUCAAACUCCCGUUAAUCCGAGAGUACAGUCUGUCAAUGGGGGUGUGCUCGGUUGAAAAGAACAGUAUCGAGUAUAUUUUAAAGAAGAUGGGCCCUGGACAUUCAGCUGUCAUUGUGGUUGGAGGGGCUUCAGAGUCUUUGGAAGCUAGACCGGGCAGCUUCAAAUUAACACUGAAGGAGAGGAAAGGAUUUAUAAAGCUGGCCUUACAAAAUGGGUAAGGUAUAUUCUCGAUAGUACACUAAAUUUUGCGUUAGAUUUGUCAUAUUUUGAUAAUUCAACAUUUAAUAUUUUAAUAUUCAAUAAUAUUUUAAUACAUGUAUUUGAAACUCAUGUUUGCGUCCCGCGCGUUGCGUGACUGACGCAAACGUAACGUCCUUGGCUCUCUUCGUUUCAGACAGCACUAAGCCUACAAUUCUGCAGAUCAAAGGAAUGCAAGUGAUAAAUAUGUUGUUGAAAGCAAGGAGUAGUCAUGUAUCUUGUAAGACGUCUACCUCAAGGGCCGUAGCAAACUUUAAGAAACUAGGGGGGCACUAAGAUUUUAGGCAGCUCAUUGUAUUUCAUGUGGAAUUGCACGCAUUUUAGGCAUCCUACUGAUGAACAGUUGCGACACGUAGAUAUAUAUUUUUUAGCAACUACUAUAAUUUGCAGUCUGUCCACUUUGAAUUGGAAUUUAAAAAGCUGAGGGUUUUGGGUGUCGAGUACCCAUUGGACUGGUCUCUGUAUCUUAAAACCAGAAACUGUUUCACCUAGCUGCAGAGACAUCAUUGUUUCAAUGUUCUGGCAGAUGAUGCGUGCAUGUUUUGACUUUUUGGGGCAAAAAACUGGGGGGGAGGCUCGACCUCCCUCGGCCCUUCCCAAGGCUGCGGUCCUGUCUAGUCAUCAUGUAUCGUUUUUAGAACAGAGCUCGAAAAGUCAAACUUUUACACCAAGUAGGCUUUAACACAAUUGCCAUCCUCAAUUACAUUACGGACCCCCCUGCUCCGGCAACGAAAACGUCAAUUAAAAAGACAAUUUGCGCUGCCUCAAACUUUAUCGGGCUUAAUCCAUUUCGUUUAAUUUGUCAAAUGCUGGGAAAUUUUUUUAGAGUUAAAUUCUAACUUGGGACUGUAUCAAAGUCCAGGAAAAGGAAAACAAAGUUGUUGUCUUCUGUUCCCGUCCUCGACAAAACGUGGAAUUAGGCACUGUCACUCUGUAGUCGUGCAACGACGGCUAAGAAAUGUACAAAAAAGCGUGAUGCACGUGCAAAGUUGUUGUUUUGCCAAUCUAAACUUUUUUGCCGUUCUCGUUGCCGUUGCCCGUUGGUCUAACGUUGUGGACGAAAUCAUCAAACAAUAUGUUUUGUCAUUUCAGAGCCUCCCUAGUUCCAGUGUUUUCCUUUGGAGAAAAUGACCUGUAUGAUCAAGUGGAUAACUCCACUGGCUCAUCACUGCGGCAGUGGCAAACAAAGGUGAAAGCAUACACGGGAGUAUCACCAGUUCUCUUCUAUGGUGCUCUUGGACUGCUACCUCAUAGAAGACCUAUACACACUGUCUGUAAGUUAAAAAGUCGUUGCUGAAUGUUAUUUUAGAGACCUUUAGAUGCUAAGACGAGGACGACUACGACUACGAAUAUACGAGAUUUUCUCAAUAGUAAGUAGUGCUCGCGCGUGAACAAGCGUCAUUUUGGCGGCGGAAAACGUGAUAGUCGUCGUCUUUUUACUACGCGUUUUAGCGAGAAUGUCGUAGUGACGGACUGACAAGUUAUCAAAAUUAUUGUUGGACGGUUUUAUCGUUUUGCGACCGGUAAAACGCUUAACCUUCUUCAAAAAUGUUGACUGUGCUAAUUUCUGUGAUAAAAAAAAGAGUGCAAUAAAGCUUUCCGGGAAGUCUAUUUUUUGAGAAUACGCGAAAAAACUUAAAGUUAAAUCUCGUACUAGUAGUCGUUCUUGUCCUCGAAUCAAAAGGCCUCUAUUAGGGAACGUUUUUAGGGGGUCAUCAACCUCAUCCCCAGAGCUUUUCCAUUUUCAUUCCUUUUCCUUUUUCCCUUCCAUUUUCUAAGGAGAAAGUCUCGGAGACAAGGUUUGGGGGUCAUUUUAGGAUUACACACCCGCUUACCCAAGCGGUGAAUAAAUCUCUCGCGGUUUUUAUUUUCAUACGCGCGCUCGAUGGUCUCUACAAAAAUUGACGAUCUGUGAACAGAUUAGAACUGUGCCAGCAUUAUUGGCGCGAGCCCACGAAAACAGAUUUGGGUUUUUAAAAAGAAACUGCGUCCUCACGAUGUAAAUAACAGCCCCUCUGGUUCGUGUCGUAACAUUAUUGUCGAAGAGCCUGGAGACAAAGCGUUCCUUCCCCGUAACUGACUGUUAUCGUACAAUACCGAAAAGUAUGGCCCGGUGCGUAUCAGUUUUUCCAUCGUUUUUUUUCUAGGGCCCUAUUUUGGAAGGUGAUUUAUACAUGGAGGUGCUUAUAAGAACAGGGAACUGAUAUACUUUUGAAAAUUUUAAGGUGUUUACAGUAGCUUAGUACAGUAUGAGAGUUUAAAGUUUAUACCUUGGUUAACAGUGAACUUUGAUCCUAUACGGUAGCUCAAAGUACAACUCAGAAAUCUAACGUGUAUUUAAAAAAGGCUCGUAUCGUUCGAACGUUUGCAACCUUGCGUUUUAAAUGUAGGCUGCUUUUGUUCGGGAGGACUAUUUUGGGAAUUUUGAAGCAAUAUGAAAUAUCGUGGUGUGCACCGUACUUUUUUUUUUCUUAAUUUCAGUUGGUGCUCCUUUGAAAGUCAACAGAGUCGAGAAUCCUUCAAAAGAGGAGGUAGAUAAUCUUCAUUCGCUCUAUGUUACAGCGUUGAGAGAAUUGUUUGACAAACACAAGAAGAAUUAUGGAAUCGCUGAAGAUGAGCAUUUGGAAAUCAUCUGACUAGCUAAAUGUACCGGAUAAAUCCGCAUGAGAAGAGUAAAGAAGAAGAUAAGAAAUAUUAAGUCAUAAAUUGCAUUUUCCCUGACAAAAGUAGGCUCUGAUAGCAGAGAAACUUGAACUGUUAAAAGUGAAGUUAUAUAUACGACUACAGUGGCUGAUCCAGACCUUCAGAUAAG